AUGAAGUUGGCCCUGCUGGCCCUGUGGGCUACAUUGUCCCUGGUGGGGGGCUACAGGAUCCUGUGUGUCUUUCCUGUUCCGUCUCCAAGCCACAACAUCCUGGGGAAAGGCAUCGUGGACGCAUUGCUGCAAGCGGGACACCAGGUAUGGUGGGCGACGCCGUAUCCAGAGAAGAUGGCGCCAGCGUCCAACCUGACCAUCAUCGACGUCAGCGCCACUAGAGUUAUAAAGUUUACUACACUAUUGGGGCUCAACAACUCGAAUCACCAGACGAUGCUCCGGACGCUAACGCUUGGCACCGAGAUAGCGGCCAUCGCUGCCAGCUCUCCAGAGAUGCAGCAAGCGUUGUUAGAGGACUUCGAUGCUGUAGUCACUGAGUGGUUCGUGAGUGAUAUGCCGGCUGGGUACGCAGCAGUUCAGCAGGUGCCAUGGAUCCUGUUCAGCAGCAUGGCGCCGCAUCCUAACUUGGAGAUGCUGGUGGAUGACGUGACCAGCACGGCGCUCGUGCCCACCGUGGCCACGCGUGCAACGAUACCGAUGGACUUCUUCCAGAGAGUUGCCAACAGUCUGGUCGUGGGGGGCAUGAGGAUUGUGAUGUGGGCGUUACGUACCACCUCCGCAAGUCGGUACACGGAUAUAUUCGGUCCAAUAGCGUCCGCACGCGGCUCAGUACUGCCGCCGCUUUCUGAGGUUUAUAACAACGUGUCGAUUCUCUUUGUCAACUCGCAUCCCGUGCUGUCUCCGGCGCAGAGCUUCCCGCCUAACGUCGUGGACAUAGGCGGGUAUCAUGUGGAUGAUAAUGCUAGUCUUCCUAAGGAUCUACAGGAGCUCCUAGACUCUUCGGCUGGCUUUAUUUUCUUCAGCCUGGGUUCUGUAGUGGAGAUGUCAGAGCUCCCAGCCAGCCUGAAGACAGAGCUUAGCCAGAUGUUUGGAGAGCUGCCGUACACAGUUCUAUGGAGGAGCGAUGAAGAGUUGCAGAACUUGCCGAAGAACGUGCAUGUGAGGAAGUGGUUUCCACAAGCUGGGAUAUUAGCGCACCGAAACAUAAAGCUGUUCAUCACGCACGCUGGCCUCCUGUCCAUCAUCGAGGCCGUCCACCACGGCGUGCCGGUGCUGGCCGUGCCGGUGUUCGGAGACCAGCCCAUGAACGCCGAAAGAGCGGUCGCCUCAGGCUUCGCGGUCAAAGUUGACUUCCAUGUUGGAAUGGCGAGCGAAUUGCGAAGGGGACUUGACCAAAUGGUCGGCAAUGAUAGUUACUACAAAGCAGCGAAGCACCUGUCAAAGCUGUUCCACAGACGGCCAGUGCCUCCCUCCAAGCUGAUACCACACUAUGUGGAACUGGCCAUAGAGUCUCAAGGCGCCUACCACCUGCGGUCGGCGGCGCGCCACUACCCCUGGUACGCGCGCGCCCGUUUAGACCAACUUCUGUUCUGUGCUGCGCUCUUCUACGGCCUCUACACGGCUGGCAGGAUCGUGAUGCGCCAGCUGAGGGCAGACAAGCGGAAAGCUGAAUAA